CGUCGAUGCCCGCUCCGGCACUUGUCCCCCUUCCACUCCUGGCGCUCCAUGGAGGCCCGAAGAAGCCGCUGGCGGACUUUGUACUCCCCGGCAGGACGAGGACGAGGAGAAGGAGAAAGGCGUCGUGGCCGAUAGCGUGAGCGAAGAGAAGAAGAAGACGACGACGUGCUCCUCUGAAGGCCCGAAUUUCAUCGCUAUUGGCCGAUCAGUAGGUCAGGAAGAGAAGGAAGCCAUUCUCUGGGACUUGCUGAACUCGUUCCCUCCCCCGCCUCCCCCCGAGAAAUGUGUGAUCGGCAGUAGCAGCAGCAGCGAGAGCCCCCAAACAAGAGACUUUCUUUUGGAGAAGAGUGUCGUGAAUGGUGGCAGCCCGAGCCCGAGCCCCAAAGCCAGGGAUUCGCUGUCGGAGAAAAGUGCCGAGCGCGGGAGCCCGAAAGUAACCGAAUUGCUGCUGCUCGAGAAGAAGGGGCUUUCUAUAAUCUGCGACAGUGAGCGGGCUGGUGCUGGUGCUGCGGCUGCCGGUCUUCCUAGUCUGAGCAGAAGUAGCUCGGGAAGCUUUUGUAGCCGUAUCCCUCUGCCUCCUUCGAGCAGCGGCAGCGGCAGCGGUAUCCGAGACCAAUUCGAAGAAAAGCUGAGGAAAAGUGCUCGAGAGGAGGCGAGGAUGACUCCCAUCGACCCCCACUCCUACACCGAUGCAGCGCAUCCGCUGACGAAGCAUGCUGCUUUGACCAUCUCGUUGGACUUCGAGUCCAAAACCAUCACCGGCACCGUCACUCUGUCGCUGGAGAGAGCGCACUCCGGAGAAAUUUUCUUGGACACGCGCGAUUUGACCAUCGAUGGUGCGUGGGACUCUACCAAGAAAGGGCUGAAAUUCGUACUGGAGCCGGCUGAUAAGAUCAAGGGAUCUCUUCUGCGCGUCUUCCUCGAGAAUGAGGUUUCUGAUUUCACCGUCGCUUUCAAGACGAGUCCACAGGCCUCGGCUCUUCAAUGGUUGGAGCCGGCCCAAACUGGGGGUGGAAAACUCCCGUACAUGUUCACACAAUGUCAGGCCAUUCACGCUCGAUCGAUCUUUCCCUGCCAAGACACCCCCAUCGCGAGGCUAAAAUAUUCUGCGGAUGUGAACAUUCCUGCAGAGUUGUCGGCUGUUAUGUCAGCUGCUUACAUUGGCAGAGUGCCCGGCGAGACUGAAGCCAGGGUCGUCGAGCGAUUUGUUAUGGAGCAGCCGAUCCCCCCGUACCUAUUCGCUUUAGCUGUCGGAGAUAUCACGUACGAGGAGGUCGGUCCUCGGACGAGGAUAUAUGCAGAGCCGUCGGAGAUCAGGGUUGCUGCUUACGAGUUCGCUCAUACGGAAGAAACCGUGAAACAGGCAGAGGCUCUUUUUGGACCUUACGACUGGGAAAGAUUUGACCUCCUGGUCAUGCCCCCGAGCUUCCCUUAUGGAGGAAUGGAAAAUCCCCGCAUGGUUUUCUUGACCCCCACGAUAAUCGUCGGCGAUCGGAGCGGAGUUGAAGUUGUUGCACACGAACUUGCCCACAGCUGGACUGGAAAUCUGAUCAGCAACGCUACCGCCAACGAUUUUUGGCUGAACGAGGGAUUCACAACAUAUGCGGAGAGACGCAUUGUAGAAGUACAGGAUGGAGUGGAACGUGUAGGUCUUCACAUCGGAUUGGGAUGGCAAGGACUAGAAGAGGAGGUUGAGCGGUUCAAGGAUCAGCCCGAGUUCACAAAGUUGAAGCAGAAUCUGGAGGGUGUGGACCCAGAUGAAAUCUAUUCGAAAGUACCAUACGAGAAAGGCUUCCAGUUCCUUUGCCACUUGGAGCAAAAGUUUGGACGGCCGGCCUUCGAUGAGUUUUUGAGAAAGUACAUCAACAAAUUUAGGUUUCAGUCUAUCGACACCGAAACCUUUCUAGUGUUUUUGAAAGAGCAGCUGCCGAAAGUGGAGGAGCUAGUGGAUCUCGAAACCUGGAUAUAUGGAACCGGAAUUCCAAAAGACGCUGUCCCACCCGGAGCAGGGAUCCUGCAAAAAGUCCUCGAGCUUGCAGACAAAUUCAAGUCCGGUGUCCGUUUACAGCCAGCAGACGUCCAAGGAUGGGAAGCUCAAGAAUACAUUGUAUAUCUGGAGCGUCUCCCUAAGAGACUCACAGCAGAGGAAAUCCAAGAGCUCGAUGGCCCUUUCCACUUCUCGGAGUCCAAGAACUGGGAGAUCAAAGUGGCAACUCUGACCAUUGCAGCGUAUUCAGCGUAUCAGCCUCUGUUUCCAGCCAUCGAGCAGACACUGCACACCGUUGGCAGGAUGAAGUAUUUGAAGCUCCUGUACCAAGGCCUUCUCGAGUGCUCACGGGAGGGCAAUGCGCUGGCUAAGAAGGUGUACGAAGAAGCCAAGAACAAAUACCACCCCAUUGCACAAGUAGUCGUGCAAGGCUUGAUUUCAAAGUACCCUUAGUUGUACUUUCUUCGCUAUGAAGACUUUUGAGGUCGUGCUCAUCCUUCUCCUGAAAACGUGAAGGGACUACGUUCCGGCUCUUCACGUCCCUUCCCCCUUUGGGAGGUUAGCAGAUCAUGGCCAUGUUGAGGCUCUGCGUUGUAUACUUUUCCUUACUCGCUGUACAUCCCCCUUCCCUUGUCACGGGAUGAAGGUACCUUGUAUAAAAUGCGAAAACCAACUUCGCGAAUUUAAACUCUGCAAGUGGUUCUCUAGUCCAAGCCAGAAUCAGUUGGCACGCAGAAGGAAAUUCAGCGAUUACGAGAUUCUUUCAGAUCUCGCGGUGUUGGAGCUUGUUUUCAGUUAUUUUGUA